AUGCCAACCCAUGCUUCGCGAUUCACACGUCUUCAGAAGAUCAUUGAAGAGGGAUUCCCAGAGCGUCUUGAAGCCGAAGUCAGGAAGAACCAAUCCCUCCUAGACAACCUGAAGAUCAAAUUAGCAGGCGCAACUGAGCAAAGUGAUGUGCGGUCCUUUUUGCAACAGAUCGAGACCUUGAGAAAUGAGAAAAUCGAUACUCCGACCAUCAUUGGCGUCGUUGGAAACACGGGAGCAGGUAAAAGCAGCGUGAUAAACGCCAUUCUUGAGGAGGAGCGCUUGGUGCCUACAAAUUGCAUGCGAGCAUGUACUGCGGUUGUGACCGAGAUGUCCUGGAACACAAGCGACGACGAAAACGCCAAAUAUCGCGCAGAUAUUGAGUUCAUUCAAGCUUCCGAUUGGGAGAAGGACCUCCGUCUAUCGUUAACUGAGCUCAUUGAUUCGUCUGGCCAGGUGUCGAAAGAAUGUCACAAUCCUGACUCUGAAGCUGGCGUCGCGUAUGCCAAGAUCAAAGCUGUAUACCCAAACAAGACAAAUAAAAUGCUAGCGAGCAGCACUGUCGAGCAACUUAUGAAUGAGCCAGGGGUCAGAGAACUCCUUGGUGAGACUAGAAAGAUUGAAAAGGCGCGUCCAGAGCCAUUUUAUCGUGCGUUGCAACACUAUGUCGACAGCAAGGAGAAGACGACAGGGCAGAAAAAAAAGGAAACAGGGGAGAAGAAAUCCAUGGAAUUUUGGCCCCUGAUCAAGGUCGUCCGGAUUUACACCAAGGCCGAUGUUUUAUCUACUGGCGCGGUAAUUGUCGAUCUCCCGGGUGUCCAUGAUUCGAAUGCAGCCAGAGCUGCGGUGGCUGCAGGAUAUAUGAAGCAGUGUACAGGACUAUGGAUUGUUGCCCCGAUAACCAGGGCAGUUGAUGACAAGGCCGCAAAAUCUUUACUUGGCGAAUCCUUUAAACGUCAACUGAAGUAUGACGGCAUCUACUCGCGUGUUACGUUCAUCUGUUCGAAAACAGAUGAUAUCUCUAUAAUGGAGGCAUCUAACAGUCUCAAUCUUGAAGAGCAGAUGUCCGAAGAUUGGGCAAAGAUUGAUGACAUCGAUGGGAAGAUACGGGGCUUGAAGAAGUCAUUAAAGGAGCUAAGAGAUUCGAGAGGCCUAUAUUCUGAGUUAGUGAAUGAUGCUGAUGACGAAAUUGAGAAGUGGGAGUCGUUGAAGGAUGAUUUAGAGGAUGGAAAGGAGGUUUGGCCACCUUCCGACAAAUCCAAAAAGAGGAAGCGUUCAGCGGAACCCGGUCAACGGGCAAAGAAAAGCAAGCGCUCAAUUGCUGACGGUGAUGAUUCAAAUGACGGCAGUGAUCUGGAAGAUGAAGAGCACGAUUCAGAGGCCUCUGAAGCAGAGAGUGACCCCGAACCAGAGAAAGGCGAUCCGUUGACAAUGGAGGCCAUCGAAGAAAAGCUUUCUCAACUUAAGGAGGACAAAAAGCGUGCUCGAAAAGAACGCUCCAGUUUAGAUGCAAAGUCCAAAACCCUGAACGAGGAAAUUGAUGCUUUGGAUAAAGAGAAAGACGCAAUCGAGAGGGCCAUAAGUGCUAUCUGCAUUAAGGGCAGAAAUGAUUACUCUAAAGGCGCAAUCCAAACCGACUUUGCCGCCGGCAUCAAGGAGCUCGACCAAGAAAACGCCCAGGAACAAGACGAAACCAAUUUCAAUCCCGAAGAGGACAUCAGAGAUUAUGAAGAAGUUGCCCGAUCGCUCCCGGUUUUCUGUUGCAGCGCUCGUGCUUACCAGCAGAUGUCUGGGCGGUUGCAGCGCGAUUCUGCUGUUCCUGGGUUCCGAUCUCUCGAGGAGACGGAGAUCCCACAACUACAACAGCAUUGCAAACACUUAACGGAAGGUGUCAGGACAUCGAACUGUCGACGCUUCCUGACCAAUUUUUCUCAGCUAAUGAACUCAUUGAGUCUCUGGGCUUCUAACGACGGUACGGGAAUAAUGAUAUCAGAUGCACAGAGGACUGCUGAGACACGCUUCCUCAAGUCGAGACUACAGAAACUCGAGGCGUCUUUGGAUAAAGCUGUUAAAGACUGUUUGUCAGACAUGAAUGAAGCCUUGGCAGAAAAUAUUUUCGAGAAUUUUGGGGAUGUCAUCCAACAAGCCGCUGCUCAAGCAUUGCCGACCGCGCGAAAAUGGGGUGCUCCGGUGAACAAGGAAAAUCGUGAGGCUGGCGGGUUCUACUGGGCGACCUACAAAGCUCUAUGCCGUCGCAAUGGGAUCUUUACUAAUGCUGUAGGGUCCCAUGACCUCAACUUGCAAUUAUGUGAGCCCAUUAUCAAGCAUCUUGCUGGCCACUGGGAGAAGGCAUUUGCUAGAAGGCUCCCAGGCGUGUUACAAAGCUUUACUCGAAAAUCUAAGGGCCUUUUGACAGCAUUCCAUCAGGAAAUUGAAGCUCGGAGUAUGAAACAAGGAGUUGGGACUGCUGGGUUAGCGAUGUUGGGCCAGCAGCUUCGUAAUUAUGAGGCUAUUUUCGCAAAUUUCACUGCACAGAUGAUUGAGGUGAUCAAUACGCUUCAGCGAGACGCAAAUCGAGAGUUCACUCCGGUCAUCGCUAGCAAACUAGCAUCAGCUUACGAAUGGUGUGCCGCGGAAGUCGGUGGCGGUCAAUUCAUGAGAAUGAAAGAGCAUAUGACAUCCCACGUCAGUUCAAACCUGGACAUGUUCGCUGAAAGUUGCGAGGAAGUCAAAAAGAGGCUCAUCGACAUGUGUGGACAGGUGGCAAAGUCGAUGGCCAGCAAGGCCGACGAAGUUUUUACAAACAUGUCCCGCGAUUACACAGAAGUUAUAUCUGGGACUCGAGUGGAAGGACAGAUGAUGCCGAAAUGGGAACGGCUAAUGAGGGCCGAGAUAGCAAAAGCUAUUGAGGACAGCGAGAUGGCGGACGAGGAACUUGAGGAUUCAAGCCAGACUGCUGGUCUUGCUGAUUUCCACGAGGACAAUACCAAGAAAGAGGGCUCGAUCGAAGAGGAUCGUAUCAGCGGCGAUACUAAAAGCAAACAAUCAUCUCCGUUUUGA